AUGAAGUCGGUACUCCCCUCUCAGCGCUGCAGCUGCAGAGCCAUUCAGCAUGCAAUUCGACCUCGCCGUUAUGCUUCCACUGCCUCUUCGAACACCUCUGCGACUGCUUCUCGGAAAAAUCGCUGGUUGGGGGUUCUCUUCGUGACCGCCACAGCUGCUGGCGCUGGCGCCUAUGUUCGAUCACAAGGCCCUGGAUCGACGACUCUGAAUGAAGAGACAUUCACCAAAUACAGCCUCGUCUCCAGAGAACCGGUCUCGGCGACAAGCAGCCUGUUCACCCUCCGACCGCGAUAUCCUAGUGGUAGCAACUACGACGUCUACGAAAAUGCAUGGCGCAUUGGUGUAUGGAGUGUGAUGUUCAAGCAACCCCAACUACAAAUCGGCCGCGAUUAUACACCUCUGCCUACGACAUCCGCGACAACAUUGACCGUGGACGAGGAGAAUGAAGGAUAUCUGCAAUUCUUUAUACGGAAAGAUCCGUUCGGAGAGGUUUCCCGAUACCUGCAUACCCUGAGUAUAGGAGCGGAUAUUGAAAUGCGAGGGCCACAAAUCGAGUGUGUUAUCCCUGAAGAGACGAAGGAGAUCGUUUUCAUCGCUGGAGGGACUGGAAUCGCACCUGCUUUGCAGGCUGGGCACUCGCUUCUGAGCCGCCGCAAUGAUGAUUCCCGGCCCAAGAUUCACAUCCUCUGGGCUAAUCGAUUGAAAGAAGAUUGCCUUGGGGGCGUGAGUGAUACGCCCAGGAUUCUGCCGUCCCGCGGAUCCUGGUUCCCAUGGUUUGGUUCCAUGACCGUCGCUCCUGAGCAGGCAGCACCAGCAUCAGCACCCGGAGAGACGGCAUCGCUCAUUGUGAAAGAACUUGAGGCUCUCAAGUCACAGUAUCCAGGCCAGGUUAAGGUGGACUAUUAUCUGGACGAGGAAAAUCGAUUUAUCAGGAAGGAUGACAUCUUCGAAGCUGUGAAGUCUAGUGGUUCGGACGGCUCGCUUCGGAAGAAAAUGAUCUUGGUAUCAGGUCCCGAGGGAUUCAUAGGCUAUAUGGCAGGUCCAAAGGUUUGGGCUCAAGGACAAGAACUCCAGGGUCCAGUUCAGGGUGUGAUUAAAGAACUCGAUCUAAAGGAUUGGGCCGUAUGGAAGCUAUGA